GACAGCGCGGGCAGCGGCGGGGUGGGCACGGGGCGGCGGCCGCCCUCAGCAGCGUGGAGCCCGGGGACUGCGCCCGGCGGCAAGCAGCCGGCGGCGCAGCCCGGCCCUGGGCAGGCACAGGUGUCAUUUUCCUUUUUGCAGAUUCCUGUAGAGGACACAAUACUUGGAAUGAGAAGAUUACCAUCAUGAGUCAACAAGGUUAUGUUGCAGCUCCUCCAUAUUCCCAAUCCCAGCCAGGAAUAGGACGUUUUGGACCACCCAAUUCUCCAAUUCAUUAUGGACAUUAUGGGGACCCUAACUCUUCAUACUCAGCACCUCAACCAGGUGUGUUGAAAUCAACUGUGCCUUUUGGAUCUCCAGCUCCUGUUGGGCCUCCACCACCUGGUGCACAGCAAUUCAGCCAGACCAGUUUCCAGAAUGGGUCUGGAACAGCAGGACAGCAGCCACACAGGUUUCAAGGCCCUUCACCUCCAAGUAACACAGGAUCUUCCUAUCCUCCCUACAGUCAUCAGUCCCAAGCAGCCUUCCCAAAUACUGCACCUGCUUCCUCUACAGCACAACUUGCUGACCAGCUCAACAGCAUGCAGAUAAAUAGCUAUGGUCCUGGCACUGCUCCAAGCUCUGGCGUGUCUCCCAGGCAUCCAGUGGCUUUCCAGGGCCCACGACUGCUGCCCCCAGCCCAGCAGCAGAUGGAUUUGCCACUUGCACCACAGCUGUCUCCUCCACCAGCAAAUAGUGUUAAUGGCCUUUGUGCUCAGCCAGCAUUGCCUGCUAUGGCCAGGCAGGGCGGAAUCCCUGGACCUGUCCCUCCAAAUCCUAACUUGCAACACCUUCCGGGACAGCCUCCAGGGCCUGGAUAUCAUCCUCAGCAAGCUAACUAUGGUCCUCAGAUGGCAGCAUCUCAAUUGUCCUAUCCCGCUAUGUUUCCUGGUGGUCCAGCACAGUUCUCAGGCCCACCGCAGAAGAAGCUUGAUCCUGACUCUAUUCCAAGCCCAAUUCAAGUAAUUGAGAAUGAUAAGGCUGCCAGGGGAGGGCAGGUCUAUGCCACAAACACAAGAGGACAGGUUCCUCCCCUCGUCACCACCAGCUGCAUCAUCCAGGAUCAAGGCCACGCCAGCCCCCGUUACAUCCGCUUUACCACCUACUGCUUCCCAGUGACAUCAGAAAUGGCCAAGCAGGCCCGCAUCCCCCUGGCAGCCGUCAUCCAGCCCUUUGCUGCUGUGCUGCCAAACGAGAUGCCUCUUUAUCUCGUAAACCAUGGGGAGACUGGCCCCAUCCGGUGCAACCGCUGCAAAGCUUACAUGUGUCCCUUCAUGCAGUUCAUUGAAGGUGGCAGGAGGUACCAGUGUGGAUUUUGUAACUGUAUAAAUGAUGUCCCCCCAUUCUUUUUUCAAUACCUGGACCACGUGGGCCGACGGAUAGACCACUAUGAAAGGCCUGAGCUGUCCCUGGGAUCUUAUGAAUACGUGGCUACUUUGGAUUAUUGCCGAGACAAGAAGCCUCCUAAACCACCAGCUUUUAUCUUCAUGAUUGAUGUAUCAUACAGAAACAUAAAGAGUGGCCUAGUGAAACUCAUAUGUGAUGAACUGAAGAUUCUACUAGAUAAACUUCCAAGAGAAGAGCAAGAAGAAUCCUCAGCAAUUCGAGUUGGUUUUGUCACUUAUAACAAGGUCCUCCACUUCUUCAAUUUAAAAAGCAGCUUAGCUCAGCCUCAGAUGAUGGUGGUCACAGAUGUGGCAGAAGUUUUUGUUCCUUUGCUGGAUGGCUUCCUUGUUGACUUUGAGGAAUCUCGAUCAGUUGUUACCAACUUGUUGGACCAGAUUCCAGAAUUGUUUGCAGACACUAACGAGAGUGAGACCAUCUUCGCUCCAGUUAUCCAGGCUGGCAUGGAGGCACUAAAGGCUGCAGAAUGUGCUGGGAAAUUGUUCAUCUUCCACUCUUCUCUGCCAACUGUGGAAGCACCAGGGAAGCUGAAAAACAGAGAUGACAAAAAACUGCUCAAUACAGAUAAGGAAAAGACCCUCUUCCAGCCACAGGGAAAUUAUGAGGCCUUGGCCAAGGAUUGUGUGGCCAAUGGCUGCUGUGUGAAUUUGUUCCUCUUCCCAAAUCAGUACAUGGAUGUAGCCUCCAUGGGCCUUGUCACAAUGUACACUGGUGGAACACUGUACAAGUACAACAAUUUCCAGCUUGAUACCGACAGCUCCCAGUUCUUAAGUGACCUCAGGAAGGAUGUCCAAAAAAAGAUGGGAUUUGAUGCAACAAUGAGGGUUCGGACAAGUACAGGCUUCAGGGCUACAGAAUUCUUUGGGGCCAUUUACAUGAACAACACCACGGAUGUGGAGAUGGCAGCGGUUGACUGUGACAAAGCAGUGACAGUGGAGUUCAAACAUGAUGACAAACUGAAUGAAGACACCGGGGCCUUAAUUCAGUGUGCUGUCCUGUACACUUCGAUGAGCGGGCAGAGGCGAAUCCGCAUACACAACAUCGGUUUGAAUUGCAGCUCCCAGUUAGCUGAUAUCUACAGGACUUGUGAGACUGAUGCACUUAUCAACUUCUUUGCUAAGUCAGCUUUUAAAGCUAUUCUGAGCCAGCCCCUGAAGACAGUCAGGGACAACCUGAUGAAUCAGACUGCUCACAUGCUGGCCUGCUACAAGAAGAACUGUGCCAGCCCAGCAGCUGUCAGCCAGCUGAUCCUGCCAGACACGAUGAAGGUGCUGCCCGUGUACAUGAACUGCCUUUUGAAGAGCUGUGUGCUGGCUGGCAGGCCCGAAAUCCCGACCGACAAGAGGGCUUUUUACCGUCAGCUGGUCAUGGCCAUGGGGGUGGCUGACACACAGCUCUUCUUCUACCCCCUGCUGCUGCCAAUUCAUAGCCUGGAUCUGAAGAGUGACGCGGUCCCAGCCGCUGUCCGCUGCUCUGAGGAGCGCCUCUCUGAGGGAGGGGCCUUCCUGCUAGCCAACGGGCUGAGCAUGUUCCUGUGGCUGGGAGCCAGUGUGUCCCCAGAGCUCAUCCAGGGGCUUUUCAACGUGCCGUCCUUCACACACAUCAGCACCGAGGCCACAUCCCUGCCUGACCUGGACAAUCCAUUUUCUAAGAAACUGAAGCAUAUCCUGGAGCAAAUCCAGAGCCAAAAGCCCCACACUAUGAAGCUGAUGAUAGUGAAGCAGCGGGAGCAGCCAGAGAUGCUUUUCCGCCAGUUCCUAGUAGAAGACAAGAAUAUUUAUGGAGGAGCCUCGAGCGACAGUUUUUGGUGCCUGAAGACUGGCCCACAGCUCCACCAGACCCAGGCCUUCUGCUCUGCUUUACUGACCCUUUUCUCUGCUCUUUUUGUACAGUUUCAUUUGAUCCCAUCUCUCCCCUGAGUAUUUUGCUUAUUUCUUAAGCUGUAGAAUAAGAAGUUCUGCACUCGGGUAUUAAUCUUCUGGGAGUUGUGACUCUCUACAUGAAUUGCUAGAUUUCAGAGUACCAAUGCUUAAGAGCAUAUAUGGCAUACCUUUCUUAAAAGACAAUUUAGAAAACUUUCAAUUAUUCCUUUUUCUAGUCCUAAGUUGUACUAGAGCUGGGAAAGAUGAUCAGAAUCUAUACAGAGGAGGAAAAAAAUACAAAACAUUUCUUUUUCUAAGUGAGGACAUGGAGUUUAAUCAGAUUUGCAAUAAACAUGUAGUUCAGUUUGAAGGAUUUCAAAGUCCUUCCUGUGAAACAAAUAUCUGUAGAGUAAAUCCCUUUUUUCCUGGAAUGGACAAGUGUUACUAUAUACAGAAGUAGAGCUCUAAGGACCCUUCCACAGCCAGGGUUAUCCAGGAGACAGAAACGCCUCCGUUUUGUAAUUGGACUUGAGUAAGUGUAACAACAACAGGGAUCACAGGAAGAACAGUAAUCAAACAAUCCUUUUGCCACCUUUGGCAGAUGAUGUCACACUAUUAUGAUACAAUUCUGUCCACUUGGGGUCAGCAAUUAGCUUAGCGUACUAUUUAAUUACAUUUUCAAAAUUGCACAGGUUAGGCAUUAUUUAGUGCAUUUGCUAACUGGAAUAUUCCCAACACAACUCAGAAAAACCUGUCCUUCAAAAUGUGGCAGAUCAGCUGUGAGACAGUUGACACAUUAACCAAAGGUUAUUUGUGGUGCUAUAAAGCCUCUUGUUUAAUACCAGUUCUAUUACAAUGACCUCCUCUCCCAUGACUAAUUUAAUCAAUGGUCACUGCUUUGAAAAACUAGCCUUUUGCUAAUACCAAUAUUGAAGGUAGAAUUUGGAAAGCCAGAGCCUUUGGAAUGGCUGUUUACCUCAGAUACUUCAUCAGUCUGUCUCUUUACGACCAAUGCCUCUGAACGUGAAGUUUGAACUUUGCCAAGCUUGAAAAGCUAUUAGUGUUUCAAAGAAAGCCAAAAAAUACUCAAAAGUAAGGUUAAGCAUCAGUAAAUAAAAAAGUGCCUUCAAACAUGUUAGUGUUGCUACUUACAUUAAUUAUUUAAUAUCCACAAUAAGCAGUCAAAAUGCAUAAUUUUUUGGUUCAACAGCUUAUCUAUACAGUCAUUCUUGUCGUUCACCAAGAGCUCUUGAAAUAAGUGGCUGUAUUACAAACGGGUCCUCGGCCUGAAUUCAGCUGCCAAGACAAGCACUUUUUAGCUGUAGACGUUACGCUGUAAAAAGUAUUCGUUGCCAUUUCAUUCAUAAAAUGACACCAGCAACAUUUGUGUAAAGAAAUAAGCAAUUAUUAAAUAUAA